GCUGCCCGUCACACACGUGUUGGCAUUUGCUACCGAGUCAUGUGGUCACGCCCGUUGUCUGCCCUGCUUUCCACCUUCCUUUGGCCCACACAGGCCUUCUUUGUGCCCCUUUUCUCGACGGGCAGAGGAGAAAUUCGAUGCCGUUCGCCAGGAUAUCCCCAGCAGCUACCGGUCGAAGGCGGUCGACCUAGCACCGCCGCCGCGACCCGCGCACAAAGACAAGAACGAACAUCGACGGCCUUCGCCAUGUCCGACAACACCGGCAGCUGCGACAGGAAGGGCUUCCUGUCAUGCCUCACGCGCAACGUGGCAGGCGCUGGCCUCGCCGCCAUCACCCUGGGCCCGAAUAUGGCGGUGGCAAAGCAGGCGCCGGACUCUCCGGUGGACUGGAAGGCCGAGUUCGGAUCCGUGAAGAAGGCCACUGACCUGGUGCUGAAGGACCUUAAGACCCUCGCCACGGACGGAGACUGGGAGCAGCUGAUGGAGCAGGCCAAGGGCUACGACCAGUCCAUUCGAAAAGGGCUAAUGGGGGACGUGCGCAAGAAGAUGCCGAAGGAUAUCAAGGCCGACGCCAUGACCUACCGAAACAACAUCACAUUCGACUUAAUCGCCAUCAACAAGGCGGCCAGGGUGGAGGACAGGCCGAGAGCUUUCGAGGUGUUGGACAUUUUGGAGGCGGACAUCAACGGCUUCCUUGACUUGGAAAAACGGAUAUAGACUACUUGCCGUCUUGUCGUCGUGGGCGCCGGUCUCACAAGAUAUUUUUUCUGCUCACUGGUCCCCCCUCUCUGUUUCUGUUCACGGGAGAGUCGAUACGGUAGUAGACGCUGGCGGGUGAAAAUCCCGCGGACCUCCGGUGAAUCGGAAUCGAGGGACUUCGGAGGAUAGAAAUCGUUUAUCAGGGUAUCGUCUCGUGUCUGUGAGCUGAUUGGUCGAACGGCGAGCGCUGUCGGUGCUAGAAACAAACGGGGUCACCGCUGUUCGUGGUGGUGCAGGCGCGCAGGCCCUUUGCUCCUCUCUUUGUGAUUCGAGGUUGGUGUUCCCAACUUUGACGGCGGCGCUUAGUGUAAUUUGCCGGAGUGCACCACCCAUCCGCGCGCUCCCAUCGUGAUGUCUCUGGUGCGCAAGAUAUAGAUCGGCCGUGGCCGAAGUUGGCAUUGCGUCCAUCUACGGAUGGACGCCCUCAGGCGGGUGGAUGGCGCUUGUGGGUUUCUUUUCGAUCCCCCACGAGGAUGAAGAAGCCCCGCCACACUCUCGGCGUUGGGUUUUUGCUAAGAGUAGUGUAGUACGUCUGAGGUGCCACUAUGGCGGCUCAACGAUCAACAGCGCAGAACUCAGGGUCUGUCUGCAAGCGUGUGGUGUUGAACAAAAUGUUACGCUUCCGCUACCUGCGGCAUUCUGGCGAUUGAACCCCCAGCUCUGACGGUCUCAUGUGACACUUUGUUUGUCCUUGAUCUGUUUGUUGGUGCUGGCGAGUUAAGGCCAUAUCCAUCGAGUGUUUCAAAGCUCGGUUGGUCCUGCCGUGGCCCCGUGCGCCAGAGCAGACAAAAAAACCGCGCCCGCCCGUCUUGCAUGCAGACACCUGUGUCGAUCCACCAAAAAACAUCCAAUGAAAGCACGGCCGCCCAGCUUCCUUUCCCCUCCCGCCCGACAUGCCUACUCCUGGCGCGAAAGUCCCGCGAUGUCGGAUGAUGGCGCUUGUGGUGAUGUCUUCCCCGCCAACCCCGUCUGCAUGGCGGCCUCCCCUUCUAGUGGGUUUCCCUCGGGAUUUUCACCGCUGUCGCCGCUCGUAGGGUCUCCGUCGCCU